CUUCGAGGGACGUGUGUCUCGAGCCCUCGUUACACUUUUCGAUUCCUCGACCUCCCUGCGGAUCUACGAUGGAUGGUGUACGAGUAUGUGGCGGGCAAGCAAAUCUGGCCUGGCGGUUGGACCAGUCUGGGUCGACUUCAGGAGUAUCCCGAUUGCAACAAUGCCGAAUCUCUGACCGACCUGAAAAAUGAGUUUUGCGAUAAGACUUGGUUCAACGGAAUAUCCGUCGGCGUCUACCCAAUGUCCUUCGCGAAAGAUCAAGAGCCAUAUGAAGAGUCGUCUGGUCUCUUGCCAGAAGAUACACAUGUCGGCCUGGGCCCGACUCGGGCAGAAGAAGCAUCUGCGAUGAGUUUACUCCGUGUCAGUCGUCAAAUUCGCAUGGAAUUUGCGGCGGUCUUGUGGGGCAUUACGAUCAAGCGAUUCAACUGUUUGGCCAUUAUUAAAAGCGUCGUACAGUAUCUGCGAAAGUACUGUACACGACAAGAAGUUCUAGGGCAUGUAUUCGCGCCUCGAGAUCGUUGGGUAUUGAGACGCGUAUUCUUGAGUUUCAGCAAUUACGAGUAUCUCAAAUUUUUGGGGUACGAUAUUUGUGUGGGCAGUACUUUUGGGGUAAGCAGGCGGAUCGAGAAAGGGAGGCAGAGGGGAAUCGUCAGCGGUGUGAAGUUGCUGAGUGAUAUACACACUUUACGGCAUCUGAACCUCCAAUUCCAGAUAAUGAUGCCUUAUCGCUAUUACGGAGAUCCCGAGAUCACGCCGUGGGACCCCUGGUAUUCUGAAAACGAAGCGCCUCGGUCGUUUUGUCAGAAGGAAGUUGUCGACAUCAUUUUGACGCUGGGUUAUGAGUUACUUCGAGGCUUCCGAAAGGUCACGAUAUCCGGAGAUGUGAAGACGUCGAAUCACGAGAAAUGGGAUCCUCUUUUGCGCGACCAGUUGCCCCCAGGCAAACCUCGAGAAAGGCGCGACAUGACCGCUGACGUCGCCAGGAUCCUGGCCAUGUCCGAUGAAGAGCUUCCGCCGAUCUGCCGCUGCUCAAAGCCAUGUCAGUGGUGGUGGUCUGAACGUCGGGAGGAGGAUGGGGAGUGGGAUAUGGAAUGGUUGGAACAUGUGAACCCCGAGUUUUCCUGUGAGGACUGA